AUGCCUCGUACUGGGUACAAAUCCAACAACGCCUUGUCGAUUGAGCUUGAUCGAUGGCAGACUUUUACGCCAGGAGACGUCAUCUCUGGCAUGGUGCAACGCACAGCGCCUUUGGUGGACAACAAUACGACCGUCACUCUGCGACUCUUCGGGAGAGCAAAGUCGAAGAUUACUGUGAAGCACCAGCACGGGUCAAGCAACUACCGCAACCGGUUCAACUUCUUUGACGACAGCAGCGCUUGGACACUGUUCGAGGGUCCCCUCCAGGUGAGCAGCGACACCCAAUCUUGGCGGUUCGAAGCCCAAAUACCCAUCAAACCUGCCGCAUCAGCGCUGGCGGCCACCAAGAACCCAGACACGUCAUUCUUGCCUCUUGAUCCUCAGAAUAUUGAGGGCAGCACAAUUCCAAGCGUCUUUUACUACAAGGGAGCCAACUUCUGGAGCUCCACGACGGUGAUUGCUCAUGUCGAGUACUACCUCGAGGCAGAGCUGAAGCCGUCCAAGGGGUCAUCGUGCAAUGCAACACUCCCUCUUUUCGUUUACACCCCCGGCUCAUAUUUAUCGGCCAAAGACACUAGGUUUGAUAUGGUGCCGAUUUCUGAGUGCCUGGAAUUACCCCCUUCCCUUGUGGCGCCAAACGCACACGGUCUUGGUGCCAAGAAGAAAUCCUUCUUCUCGCGCUCCAAAGUUCCAGAAUUCAGGUUCAACGUCAACGUCGGUUACCCAGCACAGGUGCAGCUAGGAAAUGAAAUUACAUUUUUCAUAGGGGUCGUUCCUCUUGGAGAAGAUGCAGAUAUCACUGAGCAGAAACCGUCCUUGACCUUUCGACUCGAGGCAUUCGAGUUGACCCUUAAGUCGACCACCAACGCGGUCUGCCCAGGAACUUUUUCGCCAAAGCGAGUUGCAGUAAUGGAGAAAUAUACUUCUAGUACGAAAGAUGUUUUGAAAAACUUGGGAGAUGCCAUUUCGUUACCAUUUGGGCUGGAUUGCAAGCCGCUCAACAUCGGAAAUGUGCUUCAGCUUGUACUGGAGAACGACGGCAUCUACGUCGCCGGACAGCGGAUCGGAAAGGCGUUCAAGCCACAGCUGGCUCCCGAUUUCACAACAUUUUGCAUAAGCCACACGCAUCAGAUAUCUUGGGAGCUACGCGUGGAAGUAUGUGGAAAAAUCAGAAAGAUUGCGGGCGAAGCGAGCGUCCAGCUGCUCGGCCCGAGCCGGGAGAAGAUUGAGGCGACCAUGUCAGAGCUGAGUGAUGACGAGAAAAAAGAACGGCUUAAGCUAAUAAUGGGCGCAACGGAAACUGGUAUAGAAGGGCUUACAGUAAUAAGCGAUAUUGUGCAAGCUUUCGCCUCUUAA